UAUAUCCUACGAUCUGCUGCGACACACGAACACCAUCACCAGCAAUGGCGCCGGUGAGGGUGUUUGGGCCGGCCAAGUCGAUCAACGUGGCGCGGAUGCUGCUCUGCCUGGAGGAGGUCGGCGCCGAGUACGAGCUCGUCCACAUGGAUCUCUUCCAGGCCAAGGAGCAGAAUAGCCCCGAGCACCUCGCCAGAAACCCGUUUGGGAAGGUCCCGGCGUUACAAGACGGCGAUCUGGUCCUCUUCGAGGCCCGUGCGAUCGCGAAGUACGUGCUCCGCAAGUACAAGACGGAGCAGGCGGACCUGCUGAGGGAGGGCGACCCGGAGGAGGCCGUCAUGGUGGACGUGUGGACGGAGGUGGAGGCGCACCAGUACCACCAGGCCCUGCGGCUCAUCAUGCUCGAGUGCUUCCUCAACCCCACCCUGCGCGGCCUCCCCACGAACCAGGAGGUCGUCUACGAGGCCGUGGAGAAGACGAAGAAGGUUCUUGAAAUCUACGAGGCGCGCCUGUCCGAGCACAGGUACCUCGCCGGAGACUUCUUCAGCUUCGCGGACCUCAACCACUUCGCGAGCACUUUCUACAUCGUCGACGCGACGCCGUAUGGGUCGCUUCUCGACUCGUACCCUCGCGUGAAGGCCUGGUGGGAGGACCUCAUGUCCAGGCCCGGUUUAGUUGCGCCCGGUUUCGAAUCAUCCUCACUGGUGUGACUGUGUGACAAACCACGUACUUGUAAAAUUUUGCAAUCUUUUCCGUCAAGAAAUUCAAUAAAUCCAUGAAUAAUCAUUUUUUCUUUCUAA